AUGCAAAUUCAGAUGCAGGCACUGGCGCAGCUACUGAAUCCACUUGCGUAUUAUCAACAACUGGCUGCCCUCUUGCAACAACAGCAGCAACAACAACAACAAAUCAAUCCAGUCAAUCACGUCGUUCAGCAGUCCACAUCUCAAGUAGCCAGUGGAAUAACAGCACAAACUGCUCACCAGCAGCAGCAGCAACAACAACAGCAACAAAACCAAAAAAAUGUUGAAACAAUUCUAGCCGAACAAAUGGUUCGGAAUUCAGUACAUGAGAGGUUGUAUCAACCAGGAAGUUCGCAAGUGUUGACUGCGGAUAAUCGUAAUAUUGGCCCGCUGACGAGUCCAGAGUCCGUAAAGGAGCAUAUCUCGCGACUGAUCAGCGAAAAUGAAGCGAUCCUCGAGCAAAAUCCAGGCCUCCUUAAGCGACGUCCGUAUCAUCGACAAGUUGGACCGCAGUCGUCAAUUGAGCAGCAGCUCGAUAAUGUGCUCAUCCAACGUCAAAGUGUCUCACCAGCGAGUAAUCGUGAUCAACGAGUUGCACCGUGCACUCGAAGUCAAUCAUUCUACGAUUCGCCAUCACCGUUCGCCGUUCGCUCACUGUCCGUCGGCGGUUCUCUGACCAACGGACAACCCGUACUGCGAGCACCCGAAAAGUGCUCGAUUUGUAAUUAUUGUCAAUUGAAAUUCCCAAACGAUGCUGCGCUGGAUGCGCACGAGAUUCGGUGCAGUAGGCGAGCUGAAGUGCUCCAAACUCAGUUGCAACAGCAACAACAACAACAACAACAACAACAACGUAAUCAAUCUCCAAAACAACACCAGCCAAUAGUUGAUUCAACAUCCUCAAACACCACACUAAAUAUGACGAAUAACAAUUCAACUUCGAACACACCUUCAAAUAAUAGUAAUAAUAAUAGUAACAAUAAUAAAAGCGCUACUGAUAUGCCAGUUCGAAAGCAAUUAACCGCAUCUCCGGUGGUUUCAUUCGAGAAUCGUCACCCUCUCAAGAGACGCUUGUUGGCGGCGAUUGAACAUCGUAACGAUGAAGUGCCGCAGGCAUCGACUAGUAAAGCACCUAAAUUGGUACUUAUUUCUCAUCAAUAUAUCUGCAAACUUUGUAUUGUUUCAAUAUCAGUUUCAAUUUCAAAUUGUUUCAAGUUUGAGAUUAAAAGCGAGCCAUCAGUGUCGUUGAAUUCGACCGAAAGCCUAAGAGCAACGGUAUCGCGGCAUAAUAAUGGUCAUCUGAGUAGUAAUAUAAAUUCACUGAGCAGCACUAGUAAUGCAACACAUCAACUGAGCGUUACCAUUUCUACGAAUCAACCAUCCGUAAAACAUCCGCAGUUCUCGUUCGGACAAGCACUACUGACCACUUCCGAUAUAAUUGAACGUUCCCAGAAGCAAGCGCAUCCGGUGUCGUCGGUUACGUUGCAGAGUAGUAGCACCAGUUGCGACACAGAGAAGCCGUAUAUUUUGACGUUAAACGAUGCGUCGACGACUCGCAACGAUAUCGUGCCUCGACGCAGUCGUCUUCGCAACAUCACCACCGAAACGUUUGCUUGUCUGAACAAGCCACAACCUAUGUUCGUUGAACAAACACCCAAAUUGAGUAUGUACAGUAAUUGGCAACAGGCACCAGUCAAUGCAGAAGAUGCAAAGUUGGAUCUACUUUAUAUGGGAACGUAUUCAUCAAAACCGCGCGUGGGUGUUAAACCGUUGUGGAGGUAUACAACGGCAUUACGUGAAAUGGGUGCUCUGAAAGUGACGCAUUCGUCUUUUUGGGACUACUCGACAAAAAUGCGUUUACGUCAAAAUGCGGUCGCUACGGCAUCGCAGUCAGUUGUCAAUGCAGCACUGGCGAGUGUCGGACAGGCGCAGUCGUCUCUGAAAAUCGCUCAGUCGUCAUCCGAUAAGCUUUCGUUACCAACCAGCAAACUGUCCUCAUCGUCAUCAGCAUCGUCCUGCUCUUCACUGUCCCUCUCACUCCCAAUAAACAACUCGGCAAUAUCGCCACCGUCCGUAUCAUCGUCGUCCUCCAAUCAAACACUGCCAUUUGGUUGCGGUAUCACGGCCACAACAACGCUCCUGUCCUCCUCAAACGAUUCCUCCACCCUCAGUUCCACUACUGCCACUUCCAGUAAAAUUCCUUCCGCGAAGUCCAAUAAUUCUUCCCUUCAGCAAUCGUGCAUCAAUUUGUCAGCAUCACAGAGCGAUCUGAAAAAUUGUGAAAAGGAUUUGCUAACAGUACCAAUGGAUCAAACACAGCCAUCCAUCAAAUCGGAUACAUCCAAUAUGACUGCAAAUACAAUGAGACAAGUGGCUGGAGGACAUCGAACCGAUGAAGUGUAUGUGUAUGUACGAGGACGUGGUCGUGGACGUUACGUGUGCGAUCGAUGUGGAAUUCGCUGCAAGAAACCGUCAAUGCUCAAGAAACAUCUCAAAUCGCAUACGGACAUUCGACCGUUCAGAUGUGCCGAGUGUAAUUUUAGCUUCAAAACGAAAGGUAAUCUGACAAAACAUCUCCAAUCUAAGUCUCAUCGUCGGCGCAUGGCCGAAGUUCGUAAUGAAACUGCUGAAGCUGAAUCGGACAGUGAUCACGAUCGACUCGAGAUCGCAAGUCCGGCUGUUUCGACGUACUCGAACGAUCUUCUCUCUGAUGAUGAAAACUCAUCCGAUGAAGAGUUACGGCAGUCGUCUGAUGCGUACAUCAACGGUUCAACAUCAUAUCGCAAAUUUGGUCAAGAGAAUAUUCUCAUUGAACGGGGUGCACAUACUCCGCCAACACUGUGGAUGGUUGGUGAGCCAGUGGUACGAUGGCCCGAGGCUGAUCAAAAUCGUGUUUGUCACAGUGCACCUCCGGCCGCACACUUCUCGCCUGAAUCAAAACAUCGCCGUAAAAUACCCAUUCAAGCGCAGUUCAUUGAAAAGAUGAUAACUGAAGAGUCCAGUGACGAAACGGAUAUGCUGCAUCGUGGCCGUUCGAAUACGCUUGCCACAAUUCCGCCAACCCUAACGAACGGUUCAAAUGAACUCUUAUCCGCAUCACAAAGCAGUGUUAGCAAUUCGUCGACACCAACAGUCAAUCAGCAAUCUGAUGGAACUUUUCUGGAUAACAAAGAGGUACUUUUUUUGUGGUUCGUUCGCUUUUUUUUCAAAAUGGUGUGUGAUAUGUGUGGACGAGUGUUUCGCAAAGCCACCGAGCUAACGUUACAUCGUCAGACGCAUUAUCUGGAGCAACAAAACGCCAAAGCUCGUACCUAUCAGUGUCCGGAGUGUAAACAGAGUGUACGAUCACGAGGUCUGCUCAACAAGCACAUGGAAACCGCGCAUGGAACAAGUGCGGCUGAUAAACGCUUGACGAGUGAAACGAAUGACUCAGAUGCGGAGGAAAGUACGUCGAGUGUAUCGCAGACAAUCAAUCCGCGAUCGUUUGUCUGCACCGAUUGCAAUAUCGGCUUUCGUAAGCACGGUAUCCUGGCGAAACAUCUGCGCUCAAAGACUCAUGUGAUGAAGCUGGAAAGUCUGCAUAAGCUGCCGGAUGAUGCAUUGACGUUGUUGACGCGUAAAGAGAAUGGCUCAUGUCUGAACGAUGUGGAUACAACGGAUUGUGAACGUGCCAGAGCAUCGUUAAUCUCAAUAAUCGCGUCACUUCGCGACUCGACUUCGUUGGAGUGCCGUGAACAAAUGCUGCAGUCACCAGCACCACCUCUCAAUAACUGUUAUUCGUUGACGAACAACAAUCGAAGACGCUCCCCUUCUAGUGUACAUAAUUUUGGUAAGCGGUCACCGUCCACUACACCGCAUCAACAUCACCAACAGCCACAGCAACAACAACAACAACAACAACAGUUAUUGCCAAAACGUCGUGAGAGCUUCUCGAACAAACGACCGUCUGACAGACGAUCAGCUGAAGUGAUCAUCACAUCAACCAGUCGUUUCAUCACCGAUUCAUCUGCGUUGUCCGACAAUGGUAACUUUCAGGUUCACUUGCACGCUGAUCAUGUGGUGCUGAGGGAUGGCAAAGAUUUUCGAUGUCCGAAGAAUCAUUGUGGUAAGUUUUCAGAAGGUCGUGAUGAUGUUGUCGACAGUGUGCUGACAGCAAUCUCGGAGGUGAAUGGUGGCGAUAUGGCGACUGCGUUGCAUCGUAAAUUGACCGCAUCCAACUCAUCGCAACGUCACGCUAACUCAGCACCGAAUCACAGCCCGGAUGUGCCCGAAGAAUCGCAUACUCUUGCAUGUCCCAAAGCAUCUUCUGAUUCACCACUAUCGAACUGUGGUGAAAGCAACGCAGGUUCUCGAAUCUCUACACCACCACUGAGGUAUUAUACUUACAACAUCAGUUACUGA